CCGCACAGCCAUGACGACCUCGGCGCUGCGCCGGCAGGUGAAAAACAUCGUGCACAACUACUCGGAGGCAGAGAUCAAGGUGCGGGAGGCCACCUCCAACGAUCCCUGGGGACCCCCCAGCUCCCUGAUGUCGGAGAUCGCCGACCUCACCUUCAACACGGUGGCCUUUGCCGAGGUCAUGGGCAUGAUCUGGCGGCGGCUGAACGACAGUGGCAAGAACUGGCGUCAUGUCUACAAAGCCCUCACCCUCCUGGACUACCUCAUCAAAACUGGCUCUGAGAAGGUGACCCACCAAUGCCGGGAGAACCUCUACACCAUCCAGACGCUGAAGGACUUCCAGUACGUGGACCGGGACGGCAAGGACCAGGGCAUCAACAUCCGAGAGAAGGUGAAGCAGGUGAUGGCACUGCUGAAGGACGAGGAGCGGCUGAAGCAGGAGCGGGCGCACGCGCUGCAGACCAAGGAGCGCAUGGCCCUCGAGGGCAUGGGCAGCAGCAGCCACCAGGUCGCCUAUGGCCGCCGCGCAUCGCCCUACGGUGACGACUAUGGCCGGGCGCGGGGCUCGCCUUCCUCCUUUAACUCAUCAUCCUCAUCCCCACGGUUUGCCUCCGACCUGGAGCAAGCGAGGCCCCAGACGACGGGCGAGGAGGAGCUGCAGCUGCAGCUUGCGCUGGCCAUGAGUCGGGAGGAGGCGGAGAAGAAGCCACUCCCUCCAAUUUCCAGUACAGACGAAGAAAGGCAAUUGCAGCUAGCGCUCGCGCUGAGCAAAGAGGAGCACGAGAAGGAGGUGAGGGCUUGGCAAGGGGAGAAUUCCCUGCUGCAGAGAGCCAUAGAGGAGACUGCCCAGGGCAGGGAGGAAGAGGAAGAAGAAGAUAAGAUGAAGAAAAGCCAGUCCUCUAUCCUGGAGCUGGCAGAUAUAUUCGGGCCGGCGCCAGCCCCCUCCAGCCACACGUCUGCCGACCCAUGGGAUAUGCCAGAUAUGAAACCCAAAGUGGAGCCGGCAGCCUCCACCUGGGCCGGUGCGGCUGACCCCUGGGUGCCGGUCCCAGCCGCUGGCGGGGAGCCCCUCUCCCAGGCAAGCGCUUCGUCCCAGCAAACCUCCGCCGGGCCCUGGGAUUUCCCCCCCAGCACCACUGCAGCCUCCGACCCUUGGGGGAAGGCACCCUUGUCUUCUGGCUUCCCUCCUGCGGACCCCUGGGUGACGGCAUCCCCCCCCACCCAGGUCCCUGGUUCUACGCCAGCUGCCGACCCUUGGGCCGCUGUGGCCGAGCAACCUCCUAACCCUGGGGGGGAUGCUUUUGACCUGUUUGCAAAGCCGCCCGAGCCGCCGGAGCAGGAGCCCUCGCAGCCGCCCUCCUCGGCCAAGUCCAACAGCCCCGUUGAGCUGGACCCCUUCGGCGACCUGUUCCCCAGCGCCAGGCAGGAUGGGACGAAGAGCUUUGACCUCGCCAACCUGGCCGACUCCCUGCCCGAAUCCGGCAAGGAGCGGAAGGACUGUAAAACCCCCGAGGCCUUCCUCGGCCCCGCUGCCUCCUCCCUGGUCAACCUGGACUCCCUGGUCGCGCCUGCACCGGCCUCCAAGACGCGCAACCCCUUUCUCUCGGGUCUGAGCACGCCGUCCCCCACCAACCCCUUCAGCCUCGCCGAGCAGCCCAAGCCGACGCUCAACCAGAUGCGGACCAGCUCGCCAGUGCCCAGCCUGCCCACGGGCCUCCCCGCCCACUCCAUCCCCCCCCCCCCCCCCCCCCCCGCCACUGCCGCCCUCCGCCCUCUUAUAACACCGUUCCCCGAACUCCCCAGCAAUUUGCCGCAGCCUUUACUGCCGCUGAGCGGCCCACCGGCCGCUCCGGGGGGGCUCAACCCCUUCCUCUGAAGUCUCUGGAUGUGU